CUCUCUCUCUCUCUCUCUCUCUCUUCCUCGCACUCACAAAGACGACCGAAGAAGCUGUCGAAUGAUACCCCGGAAUUCCUCACCACAAUGGCUACACCGUUACUGGCUGGCCUAGCAGUGGCUGCUGCCGCUCUUGCUGGUAGGUGUGGUAUCCAGGCUUGGCAGUCGUUCAAGGCGAGGCCGCCUAGACCGCGUAGAUUUUACGAAGGCGGUUUCCAACCCAAGAUGACUAGAAGGGAAGCUGCCCUUAUUCUCGGUAUAAGGGAGAGCGCAACUCCAGAUAAAGUCAAGGAAGCGCACAGAAAAGUAAUGGUUGCGAAUCACCCGGAUGCUGGUGGCAGUCACUAUCUCGCUUCUAAGAUCAAUGAAGCCAAGGAUGUCAUGCUGGGGAAGACGAAGGGCAGUGGAUCUGCAUUUUGACGCCGCGUAUUUUGUUUUGCUCCUGGUCUAAGGGGAGGUUUGCUUUGUGCAAAUGAUCGCUUCCUUGGUUAAUAUUCGGACUGAUUAGUUGCAUCUCUCUAAAUCAUCUUUUGAAAAAGCUAACAAGUCGAAGCACUGCAUGCAUCGAACGGGUAGCUGGGUCGGACGAAAUCUCUGGAGAAAACGGCAUCACCACAGAACAUCAGCCUCUGACUACUUGCCGAGGCUCAUGAGGUCGUCGUGACUCAGGACUUUUGUCUUUCAGUAAAUUAUUCUGAGGUGAGGACUUGCGCAUUUGGUGAACCCGUGAUUCUUGUUUUUUGGGUAGCAUAGCAUUAUCUGAAUUCGUGAUUUGUCAACCGCAAGUGGCCCGGAGGUGUCCGGGACAAUAAUGCAGAUGAAACGAGACAUUACAUAUACAUCGGCCAAGAUGAAGUUGGGCCCUUUUCGAAAA